AGAUUUCGAGAUUCAAGACCUGAUAGUAAAAUGUGAUUUAUUUUGUUUUGAAUUAAAUGGAUUUGGUUGAAACAACGAGAGUUAUUCGCGAGAUUUAUAACGAAGGAAAUCCCCAAGAAAAGUUUGAAUACGAACUUGAAUGUGCAUUGGAGGCAAAAGUAGAUUACAUCGUCAUUGAGCCGACAAAACUAGGGGAAGAGACAUCCCGUUGGGUUAGAGUUGGCAACUGUCUUCAUAAAACAUCCGUAAUAUCUGGAUUAUUAUCCCUUGUGUUACCCCGUGUGUUUCCCGAGACCCCGGUGGACCUUGAACUAAUCGUUGGCAUUCCAACUGCUGUACUGAGUGUAGCUUGUACAGCAUUAUACGGGAUAUCAUGGCAGUUUGACCCAUGCUGCAAAUAUCAAGUGACUGUUAAUAGUCGAGAAUUAUCGAAACUAAAUGUUCAAAAUUUAACAAAUUCCUCUCCUGUUGUUCUUGUUAGACGCGAUGAUAAAUAUCGAAAAACUUUGCAUAAUUUUGUUUCUUUUCUCGCUGGAAUUCAGUUGCUUCGAACACUGGAUAAUGUUUGGCGAACACGGUAAAAUCAUUCAAAUCGUUUAUUAAGAAAAUGUUGCAUCAAUAAAUUGUUUUAUUUCA